AUGUUUAAACAAAAACUAUUAGGUAGUCAAAGAGGAGAGGAAAGAGGAGGUGAUUACUUUCCUUUACAAGAUUUUGGCUCAAAUAAUAAUAAUAAUAGUAGUAGUGGUGCAAGUGGCAGUAGUAGUAACAACAAUAAUAAUAGUAUCAAUCGUGACGAUGAAUUAGAACUAGAAGAUAUCAAUACAACAGGUUCUGUAAUACAUACAGCAAGACCGACAUUGGACAAUAAUGAAGAACAAGAAUCGUUUUUAGAGAAAACAUCUCAGAGCAUGCCCGCUAUUCAUAACUUGGACGCCUUUUUAACAGAGGUAUACGAAUACUUCCAAGGCAAAGGAUUUAUGUGUUUAUUCCUUGACGACUUUUUUGAAUUAGGGACAUCAUUAUUUGUAGUUUCAUUUUUUACAUUUUUGGUAUCAUUUAUCAAUUAUGGUGUAUUGUUUAGUCAACCUUCAAACAUACAGAAAUCAGUCAAUUUCGAUAGACAAAUCCCAACAUGGUUGAUCAUAUUUUUGGUUUUAUUUGGUAUCUAUUGGUGUGCCAAAUUCAUUAAAUUCUUGGCUAGUUUAAAGUCUCGUUUAGAAAUGAGAAGUUUUUAUCAUAAUACUUUAAAGAUUUCUGAAGAUGAUGUACAAACAAUUGAAUGGAGAGAAGUUGUAACAAAAUUAAUUAAAGUACCAAGAUUAUGUGUAGUAAAGGGUAAUAUGAAUGCAUUGGAUAUUGCAAAUAGAAUCAUGAGAAAGGAUAAUUAUAUCAUUGGUAUUGUCAAUAGAGAAAUCCUUGACCUUUCCAUUCCAUUCCCAGGUCUUCACAAAUAUAAAUUCAUCACAAAAACUCUAGAGUGGAGUUUAAUGUAUGCAUUGUUUAGUUAUGUUUUCGAUCGUAACGGUGAAAUUAGACAAGAAGUUUUAGAUACAAAUCAAAGACAAAGAUUAGCAAGAGGAUUAUCAAGAAGAUUUAAAACAAUUGGAUUAAUUGGAUUAUUUGCAUCACCAUUUAUAUUCUUUUUCCUAUUACUUAAUUUCUUUUUUGAAUAUGCUGAAGAAUUUAAAAGUAAACCAGGUUCACUUGGUAGUCGUGAAUGGUCUCCUUUGGCAAAAUGGAAAUUUAGAGAAUUUAAUGAAUUAUCUCAUUAUUUUAAAACUAGAUUAAAUCUUAGUUAUAGUCAUGCAAACAAAUAUGUUGAUAGUUUUCCAUCAGAGACAGUAUCGAUUAUGGCAAAAUUUAUUAGUUUUAUUUUGGGAUCUAUAUUGGCAGUAUUUUUGAUUUUUGGUAUCUAUAGUGACGAUUUCCUUUUCAACUUUGAUAUUUAUGGAAAAACUCCUAUUUGGUAUGUUGGUAUUUUUGGUACUGCAGUAGCAGUGUGCAAGUCUUUGGUAGUUGAUGAGAAUCAAGUAGCACGUCCAGCCAUCCAAAUGACACGUGUUGUUCAGUACACACGUUAUUGUCCACGUUCUUGGAAGGGCAAGAGUCACACAUACUCGGUUCGCGACGAAUUCCUCACUCUCUUUGAGUUUAGAGUUGUCAACUUUUUACGUGAAGUCAGUUCUGUCAUUUUUGCACCAUUCAUCCUCAUCUUUUCGCUUCCCAAGUGCUCACUCGACAUUCUCGACUUUAUCGGCACCUUUACCGUGCGUGUCAACGGUGUCGGCUUGAUUUGCAGCUUUGGUGCCUUUACCGACGUCAAGAAACACGGUAGUAAAAAGUAUGGUGCCACUCAGGACGCUGACAAGUACUACAAGACCAAACAAGGCAAGUUGGAAAAGUCAAUCGUCAACUUUUCACUCAUCUAUCCAGAAUGGAAACCUGCUGGUCACGAAAUCCUUGACAACCUCAAUCAAUUCCAAAAACAACAACAAACAAAUGGUACUAAUCAAAAUUCGAGUGGUAGAGUCGAUCCACCUGCCAAUUGGAAUCCAAAUGAUAUCAAUUAUAUGCAUGACUCUUCCUUUGUAUCUCCAUCUACCAUUCAAAUGGUACUUGGUAGUACUGGAAGUGAUAAUAGUGGUGCUGCCAUGGGCAACAACUAUGACAACGCACAAAGAGCUCGAGUCGACCAAAAUAAGAAAAUAAAAUUCAUUCUUACAACAUUUUUUAACAACACAUGUCGACGACAUUACAUUGUUCGUGCAUAUAUAUUUAAUUUAUUGAGAGAAUAUUCAUCAUCGGAAUUGACUUGUCGUUACGAUAAUCGCCCAGAGAUCCCGCGGUUUUGGGUACAAAAAAAACAUAAAAAGACACUUCGGAAAUAUCUCAGCGCCUCAUCUAAAAUUGAAAGGGGAAUGGGAGAUAGUAGUGUAAUACUAAGUGUAUUGAGCUUGGUAGACAAGAGAUUAAAUCGAUUAAAAGGAUCACCAACCAAUACAAGAGCUACUUUGGUCGACACUAUCGAACAGUAUCAAAAGACAAAAGAUAUACUAUACAAUGCAAAGAGACUACAGAGUAGAGAUCCAGGUGACACUGACAAUAUCAAAUCAAAUAUAACACAGAUCGAUGUUAGAAUCAAUCUUGCCAACCACGAAGAAAGUCUACUCAUCAAACGAUUAAAUGAAAAGGAUUACUCUGAAAAUGGUGAAACACCUUCUUCCCCUAUCGUUGCAUCAAGAUCAACAACUCAAUUAAAUCAAUUAUUAUUAGGUGUAGAAAAAAAUAUUAAUAUUAAUAUUAAUAAUAAUACAACAACAACAACAACAACAAAUGAUAUAAAGGAACAAACAUCACAAUCACAACAACCACAACAAGAAAUAGUAGAAAUUAAAGAAGAAAUUAAAGUUGAAGAUAAAAGACCAACUAGUCCUGUUACCACUACUACUACCACCACUGCCAUUGCCAUUUCCAAUGUUGAAACUAGUCCACCGUCUACCGUUGUUGUUGGUGUUGUCCCUGAUACAACCAAUGUUUCAUCUGAAGUAGAUUCAAAUCGAACAAGAUCAAGUAGUUUUAAACAAGUUUUGGAAAGAUUUGACAAGAUUGAAUUACACAAUAACAAUUAUAAUAUUGUUAAUCUAAACUCACAUAAUCCUACCAACGAUAAAAAAGGAAAUAGUAAUCUAAAUAUUCGUGGUCGUCCUCUUAAAGGUGAUGAAACGACCGUCGCCGCUGUGGAAAAGGAGGAGAAGGAACCAUCACAAUCAAUUUCACAACCACCAACCAUUACAAGAGAAGGAUCAUCAUUAUCAAUUUCACAAAGAGGUGCUGAAAUUACUAAAAUGUUAAAGAAACAACAUCAUCUAGAUGAAUCUGAACAACAACAAUCAGAAGAUUCACAUAGAGUUAAAAGAUCAAAAAGUAGUAGUAGUUUAAUUAUCACUCCUCCUCCACAGCCAACUAAUAAUAGUCUUUCAUCAUCAUUAAAUGUAUCAGCACCAACUACUACUACUACUAUUACAACAAAACCUUCUUCUUCUUCUGAACCAUCAUUAUCAGAACCAAUUGAUUCAUUUAUACCAAUUGUUCAAAAUGUUUUUGUUGUUCAAUUGGAUGAAGUACCAGAUGAAGCAACUCCAAGAAAAACAACCAUGUUGUUGACAAAACAAGCAAAGUCUGAUAUUUUCGAUAGUAAUAUUAGUAUUGGAGUAAUGAAUCAACCAAAUAAUAGUAAUCUUAGUAUAUUAUCAGAACAAAAUAAUAAUAAUAAUAUUACAACAACUACACCUACAACUAUACCAAUAUUUGCAAAAUCAACAGAUUAUAUUCCAAUAUCACGUCGUGCAACAGGAUUUUCACCAAUUAAUACACCAAAUUCCGAUUGUACAACACCAACCAGUAGUCAACCAUAUCCAAAUUCUUCAGACAUGAUGUCAAGUUCAGUAGCCGAUGCAUUUUUAUUGCGUCAUCAAAAUAUUGUUCGUUCAGAGUCUGCUCUUUCGAUUUCACAAUCAAUUCAACCAUUUUUAAUGGCAGAUUCAUUACUCAAUUCAUAUACACCUCAAUCAUCAUUAUUACAACAACAACAAGGUAAUAAUAUCAGUCAAUCAUUACCACAUUCAUAUUCUUCACAAUCAAUUAAUAGUUUUACCAAACCACAACCACAACCAUCAUCACAAUUUAAAAUAUCACAAAGAUUAAAGUUUUCGAGGCAAGUACCAAUUCGUAAAACAUCUGAAGCUAGAAUUGGUCAUGCUAGAUCAAAUAGUAAUAAUCAAAACAACAAUAAUAAUAAUAAUAUGUAUUAUAAUGCACCAGCAAAUCCAAGUCCAUUGUCAAGUGGACCACCUAUUUAUGGUGAUGAACCUGUUAAAUGUCAAGGUGAAAGAUUGGCACUAUUACAAUCACUAUUAAAGGCAGAAGAAUUGACAAACAAUGCAGAGAGAAAGGUGAUUGAUGAAAUCAACAAAAUCACUAGACAAAAAUCCGAAGAACUCUAUCAAUUGGUUUGGGAAGUUAGAAAUUUAGAUAAAGCAAUUGCUCAUAUUCUAAGUAGUAGAUUGAAAAUUGAAGAUUUAUCAUCUUGGAAUUCUCAACGAGAUGUUCCUUUAAAUCAAAAUCAAAAUCAAAAUAAUCAAAAUAAUGAAUAUCAAAAAAAACCACAAGAAGAAAUUGUAACAAUAGAAUUAUCAAGUCAACUUAAACAUUCAAUGGAACGUUUAAUUGUAUUGAUGAGAACAGAACCAACUAUAUUGGCAGAAACACUUUAUAGAGCUGGUUAUCUUAGAGAUGAAGGUGAUAAAUCUUUAAAAGCAACACAUUCAGAUCUAUCACAGGCGAUUGUAUUUUCAUUGUUUGGUAAUUGUUUUACUGCAACCGAUGAAAAACUAUUGCUACUAUUGAUCAAAAAGAUAUCGGAAAUUGAAUUUUCCAAAUGUCCAGAUGAUCAAAAACGUAAAUUUGGUUCACAAGAACCAUUUUGUUAUACUUUGCUCUCAACCUAUCUAAAGUAUACUUUUGGUAAACCAUAUAUCAUCUCUGUACUCAAAGAUUUAAUCGUUGCCAUCAUCCAAGACCACAAUAUGAAUCUUGAAGAUGAUCCACAGAAAAAGGCAAUGUUGGCAGAAUUUGGUCUACUCGAAGAAGAAGUCAAUGUCGAUCAAAAGGCAUUGCUACAACAAUUCUCUGCCGAAUUUCUUCAAAGAGUUUUGGCUCUCCAAUCUGGUCUACCCUAUGCCGUUCGUUGGAUGUGUAAAGUAGUUUUGGGGUAUUGGAGAAAACAUGUUCGUGCAUCACGUCCCGACGAUUGGGUGCCAACCGAUUUCUCAGACAUUAAAGACAUUGCACACGAGAAUGAACUCAUCAUUCACUUGGUAUUUGAAAACUUUUUCAUUCCAGCUCUUAUUCGUCCAGAACAUUAUGGUGUAUUUACUGGUCUCACUAUUUCCCAAAAGACUCGUCAUAAUCUUAUUCAAAUCGCUAAAAUGGUUCUCACAUUCCUUACCAAUCCUCAAUCCAUUCCAACUUGGUUAAAUGAAAGUAUGAACCUUGCAAAUCGUAUUCAAGAAUAUUUUUCUGAAGUUUCUCAAGUUGAAGAACCUGAUACUUAUUAUCAUAGACCAAUAUAUGAAUUAGAAUUGGGACAAAAUUUAUUAGUAUCAUCAACUGAUAUAUUUAUAAUGAUGGAAUUAAUUUAUCAUAACAAACCAGAAGAAGAGGAUGAAUCAGAAACCAAACAAUUACAAUUGGAAGUGGUAGAGAUGAUAAAGACUGUUCAACCAGCUGCACAAUUGCAAGAAGGAAUGAAAUUUUUGGUGAUCAAUGUGAUACCAAAAGUUAAAGAUUCGGCAGAUCAAUCAAGGAUGAGUUCAUUGGUACAAGGUCAACAGCAUUCAAUACGUUUGGCAAAAGAAAACCUUUUACUUUCUCUAUGUGUAUUAAAUUAUCUUUGUGGUUUUCUAUCUACACCAAUUUGUGAAUUACUGCUACUUCAAUGUGGUCGUUCAAGAUCAUUGGAAUUGAAUAUUUUGGAAGCACAAAUUGAAGAAACCAUUAGAAGUCUUUGGUCACUACCAGAUUCUUACAAACUCAACGACUAUGAACCAUUGUUGGAUUUAAUGUUUGAAGAUUAUAAUCGUCGUGAAAAGAAGCGAUCAAUGGAGAAACAAUUAAAACUACUCUAUCUAGAUCAGCUCCAACGUCACACUUCACAAAUCAUCUCUCAAAAGAAUAUCAAUAUCGAAUUUUUGACCAAUCAAAAGUUUAGACUCUUUAGAGACAAGACCUAUACUCGUAUGCAAACCGAGUUUGUUUCUGAAUUCAUGUCUCGUUUCUCUAUCAAUACGCCUGGUAACUGUAGUUGCUCUCCUACCAUCAACGAUGAAGAUUCAGAUAUCUGCGAUACUUGUUCUCUCAAAUCAACCAUGAUUAGUACCUUUUUAAAACGUGCCAAAGAUGCAAUCAUUAAAAGUCCUUGGUGGAAAGAUGCUCUUGAAGAUGAUCUAAUCAUUGCUCAAAAUACUCUUGAACGUAAUUUAAUGACUCAAAUUUAUAAUUAUACAUUUAGUAUAAGUAAAGUUGAUGUAAUAUUUUCAAAAGAAUUAAAAUCAAAAUCAAGUUCAAUUGAUCAUAGAUCACUUUAUAUUCCAGAGAAAUAUGCCAAUCAAUCACCAUGGGAAUUGGCACAACAAGAAAUUAGAAAGAUUAAUCUUUAUAAAUCCCCUCAUGACAAGAUGAAAUGUAUUAUUGAUACUUGGAAUAUUAUUUUCAAUUAUACAAAACCAUUGGGUGAAUCUGGUCCUGAUGAUUUCUUACCUAUAAUGGGAUAUGUAAUUAUAAAAGCAAAACCAGAAAAUUUAUUAUCAAAUAUUCAAUAUAUAAGUUUAUAUAUUACAACUAUGGAUCCGACUGCCGAAGUAUGGUUUAUGAAUUUGAAAUCAUCGAUUGAAGUGAUUCGAGAGGUAUUGUCUGGUGAAUUAAAUUAUAAAGGUUGGACAAAUGGUAUUUUAGCACCCAUGAUUGAUAGAAUUUCAAUCAUGAAAAAAGAAAUUAAAAAGAAACAAAAAACAAAGUAUAGAGCUUCUAUUAUCAAUUUGUCAAAUCUUUCUCAAUAA